AUGGAGACACCGACACCACACAUCGGCUCGAGGGAUGCCAGUUUUGGCGACGCAGGAGACAAGCAGCCUCCUUACUUUGCGUCUGAGAUGGCUGCCCAAGACGGUGCGGCCCAUGGUGAUGAUGGCUUGCAGGACAGCCUUGACGCUGGUGUAAGCGCAAAUGAUCGCAGAGAUAUGCAGCGGAUGGGCAAGACGCAGCAGUUUCGGAGAAACUUUCGAAUGGUGUCGACCAUCGGCUUUACCAUUUGUGUCACGGGCACUUGGAUCAUCUUGUUAACGUCAAACACGCAGGGCCUCAUAGCCGGAGGCAUGUCGGGCCUCUUUUGGUCUUUGUGUUGGUCUCAUGCUGGCCAGUUCUUCAUUGUCCUUUCUCUCGCCGAGCUGGCGUCCAUGGCUCCCACCGCCGGCGGCCAGUACCACUGGGUAUCGGAAUUCGCUCCUCGGCAACACCAGAAGCUUCUCAGCUACUUGUCAGGAUGGCUGUCGACUGUGUCUUGGCAGAGUAUCGUUGCGUUGGAUGCGUUCCUCAUUGGCUCCGUCAUUCAAGGACUCAUCACCCUCAACGACGACUCGUAUUCUCCCACGAGAUGGCAGGGGACGUUGUUUGUAUUUGCUGCAGUCAUUGGCGUGUCGCUCUUCAACGUCUUUGCCGCCAAGCACCUGCCGCUGGCUGAGGGAUCCUUUGUCACCCUUUACAUCUUCUCCUUCUUUCCCGUCAUUGUAACUUUGCUUGUGCUGGCCCCCAAGCAGUCUGCCAGCGACGUCUUUACCAAGUUUACCGACAAUGGAGCAGGAUGGCCUUCCAUUUCGCUGACCGUCAUGGUGGGACAGGUGUCGUCCAUGUUUGUGGUUCUCGGAUCCGACUCGGUAGCGCACAUGGCCGAGGAAAUUAGGGACGCCAGCGUUGUCGUCCCGAGAAGCAUGGUCUGGUCAUUCAUACUGAACGUGCCCUUCACUUUUGGGCUUCUGAUCACGUACUUGUUCUGCAUAGGCGACGUCCAGGAAGCUCUGGAUUCCAAGACGGGCUUCCCCUUCAUCUACGUCUUUCAAAACGCCACGGGGUCUAUAGGCGCCACGACCGGUCUUACUAUUGUUGUGCUGGUGCUGCUCACCAUGAUCACCAUAAGUUCCCUCGCGUCGACAUCUCGGCAAACAUUUGCUUUUGCUCGAGACAAUGGCCUUCCAUUUGCCACAUGGCUCGGCGCUGUGCGUUUCCCAUUCCCCCGGCGAAGCUGGCUGGCUUCGAAUUGCGAUUAUUUGGCUAACGCGGACCAGGUUCAUCCGUCAUGGCAUGUUCCCGUCAACUCCGUCUUCUUCACCUGCGCCUUCUCAAUGGCAUUUGCCCUUAUCAACAUUGGAUCAACGGUCGCGUUCAAUGCCAUGUUGUCGCUGUCAACUGUUGCCCUCAUGGCCACGUAUGUCGUCUCUGUCGGCUGCGUCACCCUGAAACGAAUCCGAGGAGAGCAGCUUCCGCGCUGCCGCUGGAGCCUCGGACGCUAUGGACUGCCCAUCAACAUCGUCGCCUUGUUGUAUUCGUGCUGGUCAUUUUUCUGGAGCUUCUGGCCAAACAGCUAUGACGUCAAUGCUGAAAACUUUAACUGGGCAUGUGUCCUUUUUGUUGCAUUGAUGGGUUUGUCCUGCAUUCUUUACUAUGUCAAAGCGAGGCAUGUAUACGAAGGGCCGGUUGUCAUGGUUGAGGGACAUAAAGAGAGUUAA